UGGGUAGGGUUAGGGUUAAACCUGCUGGCUUGUUUUUAAGAGUGGCAGGCUCUGUAUCUCUACCUAAGACACAGGAGGAGGAAUCUGGACAUGCUGAACUACUCAAACAUUACAGCAAUGGAAAUCCGCCAUGAUGAAGACCAUUAUGACUACAAUGAUUACCAAGAAACUUACUAUGACUUUUCAAACUACUCAUUGUGGAAUAUUAGUAACUCCACAUACUUCAACGAGAAUGAUACGGGCCUUUGUGAGGCUGAAGAUCAAGAGUUCACCAUCAAAAUGUUCCAGACCUGCAUCUUCUGCCUGAUUUUCCCGUUGGGCGUGGCGGGUAACUGUCUGGUCAUAGCCACCUUUGCUUUUUCCCGCCGUUUCCGUCUUCGCUCCAUGACCGACGUCUUCCUGUUCCACCUGGCGCUGGCCGACCUUCUCCUGCUCCUCACGCUCCCAUUACAGGCUGUCGAUACACACCAGGGCUGGAUCUUCCCUAAUGGCCUUUGCAAGGUUCUGCGUGCAUGCUACGCUAUCAACACAUACAGCGGGCUACUCCUGCUAGCCUGCAUUAGCGUUGACCGCUACAUUGUGGUGGCACGUGCCCAACAGAUGCACCGGCUGCGCAGUCGCAUUGUUACAGGCGGGAAAGUUGCCGCUGUUGCUGUGUGGUUUGUUGCUAUGCUCCUGAGUUUGCCUGAAAUCCUCUACUCUGGAGUGUUAGUGUCUUGGGAUAAAGCAUACUGCGGCAUGCUAAAGCGUGGAGCAGUCAAGAUGUCAACCAACGGAGCCAUCAUUGCUGUCUUCUGCCUGUCCUUCUUCAUUAUGGUGACAUGCUACUCUUUGAUAGCUCAAGUGCUGUGGGAAGGGAACAAAAAUCGGCGGGGGAAGCAGUGGCGUCGGCAGCGCACCCUGAAGCUGAUGGUGGCGCUGGUGGUGGUGUUUCUGGUGUUCCAGCUGCCGUACACUGUGGUGCUGUCGCGUAAAAUGGCGGGGCCGCUCUGCGCUCUGCUGCUGGAGUACAUAACCUGCACUCUGGCGUACUCCCGAUGUUGCCUUAACCCUAUCCUGUACGCUCUGGUAGGCGUGCGCUUCCGUAAUGACGUGGUGAGGCUCAUGUACGAUUCAGGAUGCCAGUGGGGGGUCCGGUCAGCGCCACAGACAGUGAGCUCCAACUCCAUGUCCCCCACAUCCCCUGCUCUCAAUGUGUUCUCAGCUUGCUCGCCAGCUUCCCCUGAAAGCAGCAGCUCCAUGUCUACCAUCAAAUUUCAGUUUCCGGGAACCAAAUAAUACUUAAUGAUGUGGACUUUAUUUGUUACAUUCCAUUUUUAAAUCUUUAUUUUCUGUUUAAGUAUACAUCAUGUGUUAUUAUUUGGAAGAAAUUAACUGAAUAAUUAGAAGGGGUUGUAAAGGUGUGCAUUUCAUCAUUAAUGAUUGUAUGAAAUACAAGUGUCGAAACCAAGGCUCCAACUUAAUUGUUUACCUGGGAGAGGAAAUAAUAGCAGGAUGGACGGUGACCCAGAGUCUAGAGAAACAUACUGUACAUCUGCGAUUGAACCUAAUUGGUCAAUCUGGAAUUGCGAGAGAAAACACUAAAGAUUGCGCAAUCACUUUGUCAAACACAGUGACGGAUGUAGUGCCUUUUUUUAUUUGGGAGUGUGUGUCAUUUUAUACUUGGGAGGUCAUCAUUCAUUUCGAUAAAAUGUAAGUAGGGAAAAGGUUAAGUUUGAUCCCUGGUUGAAACAAUAUAGUACUUCCACUGUAUAAUACACUUGUAAAUGCUAUACUUGGACAGACUUGUUUGUAAAUAUUAAAUGAGCUUAUAGACAACCCUUCUGAACGUGUAGUUCGCUCUUUCAUGUUUUUAAAUGUAAUUUGUUAAUAAAACUGUUUUCAGUA